AGAAUAUGUAAAAUAGCAGUAUGCAAAGCGACCCGCUCUGUAAGAAUGCCGCAACGUCACUAGGGUGGAACGUUUCCGCAGCGAGCGUGGAGGAAGGGUAUAUAAACACACGAAGCUGAUCAGGAGUAGUAUUUCCAGAGCAUCGGCGAUCUUAAAUUUUCGCUUUGGAUACCUUUUACUUCUUUAGCUUUGCUAUUCAUAUGUAGUUGUUUCUGUAUAUUGUUCAGAUAAGACAGAGUCAACUAACUGCGAAGCAGAGUUUUAGAAUAGUCCUGGGACGUUCGCACUGGGCAUCUAAAACAUAUCAUACCGUGGCUAUUUCACGUCAGAACUUCAACGCGCUGACAUAGAGGACCGAUAAAUAGCUUUUGGAGAAAGCAAUCUUCAUUCAAGGAAACCUUCAGCUUGGAAAUUGCGCUGCAAUGCACUUAUUUCACCUCAAGAUUUCUUAUGUUUUAAUAUCGAUUGUACUUUAUAGUCAAAUUGGAAAUAUAGUUACAACGCGAUCACCUGAUCUCCUUAGCCCUGAACUUAGCCUAAGAGCUAAGCACCAUAGCCUAAGAGCUAAGCAACAAGUCAUUAAAGUCAAUCAGACGCUACAUCUGACAUGCAGGGGAUCAUCACCUAUAUUGUGGUCCUGGCCAGACUAUGUAAUGAAUGCAACUGAAAGAAUAAGUAUAAUUAACUUUAAAAGUGAGGACCUCAAGAAACCGUAUUGUAGUAACCUGACUUUGAGCAACACUCAGCCUAAAGACACAGGCUACUACUAUUGUAAUACCUCAUCUUCAAAUACUCAACACAUAAAGACUGCUCUCUAUAUAUUUGUAAAGGACAAACGUAGUCCAUUUGUGGAGCAAUACACAGAAGUUCCGAAAGUUGUGUACUUCACGGAAGGAGAAAGUCUACUUAUUCCAUGUAGGAUGACAAGCCCACAUUUCUCUGUCACUUUGAAAAUGAAUUCUUUACCCUUUACCAUUGAUGGAAAGGAAGUCAUGUGGGAUAGUAAACAAGGCUUUGUUAUUCCCAGACCCACUUACAAGUUUAUUGGCCUGCUAUCAUGUGAAACCACUGUGAAUGGAAAGACAUUUUAUUCAUACUACUUAACACAUAGGAGAGUCAGCAGCAUCAGAAGUGUAGAGCUGAACGUGACCAGUCCAGUGAAAAUGCUGAGUGGAAGAUCAUUUGCUAUAAAGUGCACAGUGACCACAGAACUGAAUGCAAGAGUUGAGAUUUCCUGGGAUUUCCCUGGUAAAGGAAAUAGAAACAAUUCUAUAACAAAAAGAAUUGACCAGACAGAUCGUAUGAUAAAUACAUUCUACAGCAUCCUUGUUAUUGACAAAGUGGUCACAUCAGACAAAGGGAACUAUAUAUGCCAAGUAAGGAGUGGAGAAACCAUAAAAAAAAGAAAAGCGACCGUCCAUGUUUAUGAAAAACCAUUUAUCAAUGCCAGAUGCCGGAAAUCAUGCGUUGCUGAAGUGCUUGCUGGUCAGGCAGUCUACCGUUUCCCAAUAAAAGUCAAAGCUUUUCCACCUCCAAAUGUUUUAUGGUUAAAGAAUGGGCAGCCUAUUACUGAAAGAUCAGUCCGAUAUAACAUCACUGGCUAUAAACUGACUAUAAGGGAUGUUUCAGAAGAGGAUGUUGGUUUUUAUAGUAUUAUACUGGAACUUAAACAAUGGAAGCUUUCCAAAAACCUCACAUUCUUUCUCAAUGUAAAUGUAAAACCACAUAUAUGUGAAAAGGCACUGCCCACUCAGAACCAUGAUCUCUAUCCUCUGGGCAGCAAACAGACUCUGUCAUGCACUGCCUAUGGCAUCCCCAUUCCUAGAAUUCUAUGGGUAUGGCAACCUUGUGCCCAAAAUAGUUCAAAAGCACAAUGUGAAGCAUAUGCAGAGACCAAAGGCAGCAUUGUUUCUAUGGAUAGACUUGGCAGUAACAUCAACAUUAUUGGAAAUAAGAUACACGGCAUUAACGAAAGAGUAGAACUACUGGAAGGGAAAAAUAAGACUGUCAGCGUUCUGGUAGUAGCCGAAUCUAACAUUUCAGGAAUUUAUCAUUGCUUGGCUUCUAACAAAGUUGGUAAAGAUGAAAAAAGUAUUCAUUUUUAUAUUUCAGAUGUACACAACCAAUUUGGAUUUGAGAUUGGCAUAGGACAUAACAUGCUACCAACCGAAGGUGAUGACCUCACAUUUUACUGCCGAGCCAAUAAGUUUCUAUAUUCAAACAUUGCUUGCCGUCUUCUGAGUAAGGACAAUCAGACCACAUAUAAUAUCGGCAGUAUAAGUGACAUUACCACCAAGGAGUAUUCAAUUGCUCUGAACUUUACCAUUAAAAAUGUGUCUCAGAAUCAGUCCGGAACUUAUGAAUGCACAGCCAGAAACAUUAUCACUCAGGAGGAGGCAACUCAGAAGCAGGAGAUUUAUAUUAGAGCUCCGCAAGCCCCGUACUUGCUUCAAAACUUAAGUAACCAGGAUGUGAACAUCAGUAGUUCAAUUACAUUGGAAUGUCGGGCAGAGGGAAGGCCGAUGCCACAUAUCACGUGGUACAAAAACCAUCAGAGGUUACACAUGGAAUCAGGUAUUAAUCUGGGACAAGGAAGUAGAAUAUUAAUUAUUGAAAGAGUCAAAGAAGAGGAUGAAGGUCUAUAUCAAUGCCAAGCGUCAAACAGGAAAGGCUUUGUACAGACUUCAGCUUACAUCACUGUUCGAGGGACAACAGAGAAUUCAAACAUGGAGUUGAUAACCUUGACGUGUACCUGUGUGGCUGCUGCACUUUUCUGGCUCCUCCUGACUCUCUUCAUUCGUAAACUCAAAAAGCCUAGAUCUGCAGAAAUAAAAACUGACUACCUGUCAAUCAUAAUGGAUCCUGAUGAAGUGACACUCGAUGAGCAAUGUCUCCCCUAUGAUGACAAUAAAUGGGAAUUUCCUCGAGACAGACUGAAGCUAGGUAAAAUACUUGGCCGUGGGGCUUUUGGGAAGGUAGUGGAAGCUUCUGCUUUUGGAAUCAAUAAAUCAGCCACAUGUAAAACAGUUGCUAUUAAAAUGCUGAAAGAGGGGGCCACAGCCAGUGAACAUAAGGCUCUAAUGUCCGAACUAAAGAUCUUGAUUCAUAUCGGAAAUCACCUAAAUGUGGUGAAUUUGUUGGGAGCAUGCACCAGCCAUGGAGGUCCUUUGAUGGUGAUUGUUGAAUACUGCAAAUAUGGAAACCUCUCCAACUAUCUUCAGACCAAGAGGAAUAACUUCAUGUUGCACAAGGAAACCACACUACAGGCAAAUCAAAUUCAAGAAAAGAUCCCCAUGGAGGGGAAAAAGAGAAGGCUGGCUAGUGUCACAAGCUCUGAGAGCUCCAGCAGCUCAGGGUUUGAUGAAGAUAAAACUCUAAGUGAGGUUGAAGAGGAAGAGGAGGAUGGUGAUGACUUACACAAGCAACCAAUUACUAUGGAGGACCUGAUCAGUUACAGUUUUCAGGUGGCUCGAGGCAUGGAAUUCUUAGCAUCAAGAAAGUGCAUCCAUCGAGACCUGGCAGCAAGAAACAUCCUUUUAUCUGAGAACAAUGUAGUAAAGAUCUGUGACUUUGGACUUGCACGAGAUAUUUAUAAAGAUCCCGAUUAUGUACGAAAGGGAGACGCAAGGCUCCCUCUCAAAUGGAUGGCCCCUGAAUCUAUAUUUGACAAAGUUUACAAUACUCAAAGUGAUGUCUGGUCUUACGGAGUUUUAUUGUGGGAAAUAUUUUCCUUAGGUGCAUCACCAUACCCAGGAGUCCAAAUCGAUGAGGAAUUUUGUCGAAGAUUAAAAGAGGGCACAAGGAUGCGAGCUCCUGACUAUUCAACCCCAGAAAUCUAUCAAAUAUUACUCGACUGCUGGCAUAAUGAACCCAAACAGCGGCCUACAUUCACAAAGCUUGUGGAGAGACUUGGAGAUUUAUUACAAGCAAAUGUUCAGCAGGAUGGAAAGGACUACAUCCCCCUGAGAGGCAUGCUCGUAUCAAAUAGCUUUAAUUUUUCAGUGCCAACAUUGCCAGACUCUUGCUUGGGAGAAGAAAUGGAGAAUUCAAAAUUUAAUUAUAAAAAUACAGGAUAUAUUAACACUUGUCUGAACAAACAACCACAGGAUUUGGAGACAUUCGAAGAGCUACCACAUGAGCUUACAACAUUAACAGAUGAUUAUCAGACUGAUAGUGGAAUGGUUUUGGCCCCAGAAGAAUUAAAAUGUUCGUUGCCAAUGGACAACAAGCCAAUACAUCCACAGUAUUUUGGUUUGAAAGCAGCAUGGAGAAACAAAGAGUUGGGAUUACCAGAGCCUCUCAGUUGGAAGAGCACUUACAGCUCUGGUUGUAGUUACCAGAAAGGAGAGGAAGGCUACCGAGCAGCUGCACGGGAGAGUUUCAGCUCGCUGAGUUCCUGUGAAUCAAAAAUGAGUUGUUGUAUACCACCCCCAGAUUACAACUCACUGGCUUUUUAACCCUCUCCACCAAUUUAAAGGGCUGUUUCACUAGUCCUCAAGAAAAAAAAUUUGCAUCUGCCUAUUCAAUGAUUUGCACUUCACAUUUUUAAGCAAACUUUGUGGUCAUUGCUGUUACCAAUAUGAAAACAUAAGUUUGCUAUCCACUUUCACUGGUGAAUGUGUCCAUGAAUGGAUGUAGAUACAUUCAGCAUAUAUAAACAUUAUUAUGAGGGAAAAUACAGUGGUAUGGAAGUGAGAGAGACAUUCGUAGGGAUGGAAUUUCCAACACAUAAACCCAUCAGUCCUGUGUCAGUUAUUGUACAACAGUCACAAUAACAAUAUGUUCAAAGUAAAUCUCAACCUUCAAAGUAAAUUUUAUUAUCAAAGUACAUAUAUGUCACCAUAUAUAAUCCUGAGAUUCAUUUUAUUGUGAGCAUACUCAGCAAAUUUAUAGAAUAGUAAAUGUAACAAGGUCAAUGAAAGUUCAAUCAGGGCGCAGAAGACAGUAAACUUUGCAAAUAGCAAUAAAUAAUGAGAAUGUGAGAUAAUGAGAUGAGUCCUUAAAGUGAGAUCAUUGGUUGUGGGAACAUUUCAGUGUUGGGGCAAGCGAGUAUAGUUAUUCCCUUUUUAUCCCUGAUGGUUGUGUGGUAGUAACUGUUCUUGAACCUGAUGGUGUGUGUCCCGGGGCUCUUGUACUUUCUACCUGAUGGCAGCAGUGAGAGGAGAGUAUGGCCUGGGUGGUGGGGAUCUCUGAUAAUGGAUGCUGCUUUCCUAUGACAGUGUUCCAUGUAGAUGUGCUCAGUGGUUGGGAGGGCUUUACCUGUGAUGUACUGUGUCAAAUCCUCUACCUUUUGUAGAAUUUUCCAUUCAAAGUCAUCGGUGUUUCCAUACCAGGCUGUGAUACAGCCAGUCAAUAUACUCUCAACUAAACAUCUGUAGAAGUUUGUCAAAGUUUUAGAUGUCUAGCCGAAUCUCCACAGACUCCUAAGGAAGAAGAGAUGCUGCCGUGCUUUCUUUGCAAUUGCACUUAUGUGUUGGAUCCAGGACAGUUCCUCGGAAGUAGUUUCACCCAAGAAUUUAAAGUUGCUGACCCUCUCCAUCUCUGAUCCUCCGAUGAGUGUUGGCUGAUGGACCUCUGAUUUCCCUCUGUUGAAGUCUAUGAUCAGUUCCUUUGUCUUGCUGACAUUGAGUGAGAGG